GAAGGGGGCGGCGGCUCCGGAGCCAGCGCGCCUGCCCGACCGGCGGCGAGAGCGACGGGGACGAAGGAGCUCGGGCGAGGAGGAGGCGGGUCUCCGGGCCGGGGCGGCCGGGCCCCAUGGGCGGGUGUGUGGGCUCCCACCACGACUCCUCGGGCAGCCUCAACGAGAACUCGGACGGCACCGGAGUUGCACUAGGUCGUAAUCAGCCCUUGAAAAAGGAAAAACCAAAAUGGAAAAGUGAUUAUCCGAUGACAGAUGGACAACUGCGCAGCAAGAGAGAUGAAUUUUGGGACACCGCACCUGCUUUUGAAGGCCGCAAGGAAAUCUGGGAUGCCUUGAAGGCUGCAGCACAUGCAUUUGAGAACAAUGAUCAUGAACUUGCACAAGCAAUCAUUGAUGGUGCAAACAUAACAUUACCUCAUGGUGCUCUUACCGAGUGCUAUGACGAACUGGGAAACCGAUACCAGCUUCCUGUCUACUGUCUGGCCCCGCCCAUCAACAUGAUAGAAGAGAAGGGUGAUUUAGAGACUCUGGAUAUUCCCGAUCCACCACCUAACUCCGGUCAUGAAUGUCAGCUUCGUUUACGCCUCUCAACAGGCAAAGACCUCAAACUUGUGGUCCGCAGUAUGGACACUGUCUAUCACAUGAAGAGAAGACUGCACACAGCAGAGGGUGUGGAGCCCAGCAGCCAGCGGUGGUUUUUUUCAGGCAGGCCCCUGGCAGACAAAAUGAAACUGGAGGAGUUGAAAAUACCAAGGGACUAUGUGGUGCAAGUCAUUGUGAGCCUGCCCUUAACAAACCCCACCCCGGUGGAGAACUGACUUUGCCUGUAUGUUUCUCUUUUCCUUUUCUGCUCUUCUUACCAUGUGGGAACUUUUUCACUAUUUUUGUUCUCUCCGACUAGUGGGUUGGUUCUAAACAAUGACCAGCAAAAAUUCCAUCUGUGAUGGAGCUUUAGGGGGGAAACACACACACACACACAAGCAAGCACACACAUGUUCCUAAACUGCCCCUGGAGACUUUGCCCAAUUUAGGAAUUAUUGACACCACAGUAAGACGUUCUUAACAAAGUAAAUCUGGAACAUGUGUUUGAAAGAGAUCCUGACAUUUACAGAGGAUGAUGCUUAAAAAGUGGUUUGAACUAUAAGUGAAGUACUGAUCCAUGAAAGGGAAAAGGCAUUUUUUAAAAGGAUUAAACCAAACUGAAGUAUUUUGUGAAAUCAGCAUCACUUACAGUUUAGCCAAUCAGUGUAGCUGCUCUGGUAAAUCUAGUAUGCUGUGAUAAUUGUAGGGAUUGUGUCUAUUCUAGUUUCACAUUAGCUCAACAAGGCUAAUAUUUAAAUGGGAUGGUGAAGGAUUCUGGGGCAAGUUUUUUGCUAUAUACUGAAAUAGCAAGCAAUAGUGAUUUGCCAUUGUUGGCUUCAGUAUGUGCUAAAAAUUGCUCUUUAAAAAAUUAGGCUAUCGUUUAGUAAAUAUAUAAUGUUGUUACAUUGAAUUGCAGUUACCGUAUACUUCUGUAUCUAAUUAAAAAGCUUAUUGUUUGAGGUUCACCAGCUUGAGAAACAAAAACAAAAGAAUGUUUAGGCCCAAUAUAGUGAUUUUAAACCCCCUUUAUUCACAGCAAUAGCUAUUAACAUACUACAGAAGAAAAGCACAGGAAGCCCUGUCAUAUACUUCUGUAAGGUAAGGGUGUGCAACUUGCUUGACAGUAUCAUAUAUCUCCCCACUGAUCUUUAUGUUGCUUGGCAUAACUGGGACUCAGAUGCAUCAUCUUAUUCUGCUAAAUGAUUACACAGGCACUUGACCUUGUGGGAAGAGAUGGGAAUAAUGAUCAAAAAUUAGGAAGAUAUUGUAGAUUGUUAAAUCAUCCAAUUUUUCCUUUACACCAUUAGAUCUUUAAAUAUUUGGGGGGGAGUAGUAUAUUGCAAGAAUAUUUGUAUUACUAUUUCACAAAUCCUUAUAUCAGGGGUGGCUUACCAGUGGGCCUCCAGAAAUUGUAGGACCCCAGUUCCAAUCAGCCCCAGUCAACAUGGCCAACGAUCAGGCAUGAUGGGAGUUGGAGUCCAGCAGCAUCUGGAGGGCCACCACUUAGUUGCUCUUGACCUAAAUACUUUUGUGUCUUGCUGGUGAUGGGUAGCUUACAAAAGGAAGUGGAUUAUUGGUUUGUGAAAAGCACUGUGCAUAUUUCAAGCAUCCUUUAUCUUCCCUGCCAUGGCUUCAGUUACACUUAUUCACACUCAUGCAUAUGACAGUGUAUAUGCAGUGCAUGUAUGUCAGAUUGAUGGGCCAGUUUUUCUACUUGGCAGAUUUAUCUGAAACGAUCAGAGUAACCUUAGCAAUAUCAUACAGUGACAGCAUUUUCCCUUCAGAAUGUGAAAGCAAGCCAUUUUUUAGAGUAAGAGGUAUACCCUUUUCAGAGGGCUUUGGGCAAGAUUGAUAGCAGUCCAGUUAAAUUCUGUUGAGUAAUACUGAACAAAUCAGUCCUAGCAAUGUGCAUCUUUUGAAAAUAAGUAUGCAUAACUCUUUUGUUUAGAUUCUCUGUGCUUUUUGUUGUCCCUGACCUGGUUCACACAUGACACGAAGCCAAACCAUGGGCUUGUUGGAAUAAGAGCAAACAUGGGUUCCCAGAGAAAAGAUUGUGACUGCUUUUCUCCUCCUCCCCUUGGUUACAGCUUGUGGUUUAUCUGGAGCAAGAGAAACCAUGAACUUGGGUUCAGACAGAAUGCUCAGCCAAACCAUAGCUUAGCUCACAGCAGUGCAGCAGCAGCAGGACUGGAAGGGGAGCAAAGUGACAGUGAUUUUCUCGGGGGGGGGGGGCGCUGCUUGUUUGCACUAAGCUAUGGUGCAGCUUAAUAUUACAUAUAUACUUGAUCAUUGGUUCUGUUCUUUUGGUGUGGUCAUGUCCCUGUAAGCACCACUAUUAUUAAUCAUUUUUCAAACAGAACUCAUUAAUAUUCUUCUUGCUAAGCACUGAAUCUACUUUACAGUUAUUUUUAUCUCUGAACAAGCAUGUUCGUUGGUCCACCAAUGGAACAAUCUAGUGUGGACCUCUUCCUCUCGGGAGUGAGGAGAGCUACAAUACUCAAGUGUCCUAUAACUAACCUAGCCUUACUCGGGUUAUCUUGCUGUGAUAACUAGAAACUAGAACAAUGAAACAUAAAAAUUUAAAAUUAUAUAGCAUUUUCAGUGUAGGGUAGGUUGCAGAGUUUCUCAAAUGAGGUUUCUUUUUUUUGGAAAUCAGUUCAGACUUGGAACCACUUGCCAUAUGAAUGUAUCAUUGUGUGUCACAACCACAGCAUUCUUAUGGGCAUAGUCGAAUACUGCAGGGUCUUUCAAUGUAGUUUUGGCCAGAUGGCAGCAGCAUACAGCAAAAGGGUAUCUGUCUUCUAGGGAUUUAUUAAGUUCCCCCACUUUCUCAGAUACCCUGUUCACUUGUGAUUAGGAGCAAACACUUUAUUUUAGAAGUUCAGAAGGAUGCAGAUCCUGCAUUUGUCACUAAGGGUGCAUGCUAAACAAUUGACUAAAAAGCUAAAAUAUUUACCAUAAGGCAAAAUCUGAUCUCGUUGUGAUUCUUUCUGAAGUCAUUCCACAUAUAUUGAAGUGAAAAGGAAUGCUAAACUGCUGCAUAAAAACUCAAAAUGCUGAUAUUUGGAAAGAUGUCCUAGGUGUUGAUCCAUUUAGUUGGUACCAGUUAGUUUCUUUGUAAUUUCCAAGUAAUAAACUUAUUUGGUGCACACCACAGCCAUUACAUAUCAGAAAAAGUAUACCUUGCAAAAUAAAAGUAUGUGUCUAGUGGUCUCAUUUUUCCCAAGUUAAAGAAAGGGACAAAAAUAAUUUAUAGAUAUUAAAAUUGAAUCAAGCUGAAAAUAGGCUGAUAACUUCUGUGACUACUUCUACCCUUUUUGGAAUGUGUUCAGGAUUACUUGAAAUGUUUUCAAACCACGUUGCUUGAUGGCUGGGCCAGCUCCAGGUUUGUGAUGUGGGCCAGAUGCCUUCCAGUGGGUCACUUCUCAUACUUCUGAUGCCUGGAGGAAGGCAGUAGUAGCUGCUGCUUGCUGCCAUUGACAGAGCAAGUGAGCAAGCAGCAGUCACUGUUGUUCUCAGCCACUAUUGCCACUUACUUAUCUGUGCAGUGGGUGGAGGUUUGCCAAUCAUCUUUGACAAAGGGGGCGGGCAUCAGUUAUGGUUUCUGCUGUUCUUCAGUGGCCAGUGUUGUGGGUCAGGUGAUAAUGAUGGGCCCAUGGCAGCUGCUUAAGGAUGCUGACCCAUGGCAUCGGCCAUGCUUGAUGACGAUAGGUUCCCAACAUGCAUUCAGGUAUUCAGCAUGUAUGAGUUCCCAGCUGUAGAAUGCUCUGUGGUAGUCAGACUUUUCUUAGGGAACAAGUUAGCUCCACUUACCUCUGCCACAAGUUAGCUUCUAUGAAUGCAGCUCUACAGUUCUUUAAAAAUGCAGUCACCUUCUCCGACAAAUAUUUUCACUUUGGUGUGUGUGUGCAUGUGUGUGAAGAAAUAAAACCUGUGCAUGACACUUUUUAAGCUGAUAACAUGUAAAUUUUCAGAAGAUGCUGCACUGAAAAAUGGGAGCUGCACUCCCACUUCUGCAGUUAGAAUGGAACAGCUUUAAAGGAAAAGGUCAUUAUCCCUAUAGUUGGAAUGGUAGUGAAAUUCCUCCAAACUGUGAUGAAGGACCAUAUUGGAACUUGUGCACCCACAUAUGUGCACAAUAAAUCAAUAUACCUCCCUUUUGUAUUGAUAGCAGGCACUCAAGGAUUGCUUGCCUUUCAUAAGCAUAGUGGUGACUUAGCCAUCUCUCGCGCUCUAAACAAAAGUAACUCCUCAGGUAUCGUGAAUAGUUUUUACUUGGAGUGGAAAUUGCAUGCAUCUGUUAACCAAGUAGGAGUCUUAGUUUCUUGCUUACUCUUACUCUUUCCUGCUCUAGAAAGAACUGGUUUUUUAGGGUAAACUUGAUUAUAAGUCAUGAGUAUCCCUUUCACCUAAUGUUGCUCAUCUUCACCCAGCAGUUAGAAUAAGCGAGGCAACUGGAUUUUCAUUGUUUUUCAUCUCCAAGGCCGAGCAAUUUCAUUUAUUACUUUUAACGGAAGACUAAUUCAAGUAAGCACUGUUGCAUGCAUUUAACGUUUUAUAAGCAUGCAGAUUGGAUUCUGGCCUGUGCCAGCUCAUUCCCAUCCUUGGAGUCGAAGCUUUGCCUCUUCUGCAGACAUACAUGCACACACUCACAUACAUUGUAAAGACAGAACACUUGGCAUAGAGCUACCAAGGGCAAGCAAACAAGCAAACAGUUGCAAUAUUGUUCUUUACAGUUUAACACAUUUAUACGCCAUUUCUGAUUUACCUUCUCCCCUCUGCUAGUGAAUUAUAUCUACAGACAUAUGGUGGUGGCAGGUUUGUUUAGCACAGAGCUUUGGUUUUCAUGCUUGUUAUUGCAGAUGUGUGACUAGUACAUGACCCAGAAGUAAUGGACUCUCUGUAAUCUGUCUUGGAUGAGCUUGAAAGGCAAAAGGACAGUAGCGCUGUUGAUACUGCAUUAUGUAAAAAAGCGGGUUGCGAGGAGGAUGAAUGCAUAGGAGACACAUACUGCUUACUGUGCUCCAUCCUAUUCUGAAAACAAAACAUGUGACUAGAGCUUUGGCUUAGUACAUUAGUUGCAUUGGCAUUACACAAAAUUCUACCACGAGAUGAGAUUAAGAAAAUGAUCACAUUAAAAGCCAUGAUUGUAAUUCCCUUGAUCUCUAAACUUUAGAGAGACUAAGGAGGUAUUUGGGAAACGGUGUAGUGUGAAAUUACAGUAUAAUAAACUGGGUUUUGAGAGGAUUUUGAUGGACAGAAAUAAUAUCUCUUUUUUCAAUACUGUAGUUUCAUUAUUCAUUUUACAAACAUAAUCGGGAUUCAGAUUGAUGUGAUGAGAGCAAUAUAUUCAGCUGUGGCACAAUGCAUUUUGAUAAAACAAGAUUUUAAGUGUUGCUUGCAAGAUGGGGAAAUGGGCCUUCAUGUUUAGUGCAUUGAUCCUUAGGGAGAAAAUAAAACAAAACCAUAUCUGGUAGGUUAAUACAAUUUUGUGCUGUUUUUGAAAAUCAUUUUAGGAUUGCAGUCAUUGACAUAUCUCUUGAUUUGUCUCAGUGUGUUAGUUAUGCAUAUCGGAUGUCUGAAACUAUAUGGUUUUCUAACAGCCGUUACAGGGCCGUCUUAAGCCUAUCCAGCGCCGUGGUUCAGAGAUCCCUCCGGAUCCUUGCCCCCCCUUUCCCAGCCAGAAAACCUCUGAGGCGCCACUCCCCCCGCACCGACACUGCCAUGCCAUGGCUUCUGCUUUUCGCCCAUCGCGAGCAGGACCAGCAACGGCGACACCAGACUCACGCUCCGCCAGGCAGGGCCAGGCAUGGCAGGCCACCUGAGGGGGCAGCCUAAUGGGCGGGGGCGCUGCCAGCUGUGAUCCGCCUCGGCCAAAGCGGCUGUGCAGUGCUGCCGUCCAGGCAGCCCUGGCUGCAGCGCCGACAGGAGGCUCGCGGCCGGCUUCCCUGCAACGGCGCCCGCAGCCCGAGAAGAGGCGGGCGAGGGCGGCGCUGCCGGCGGGGCUUGAGAGCUGCUCCUCCGGCAGGGAGGAGGCUCCGGGCACAGCGCGGCAGAGGCGCCCUCCAAAGCGCCUCCAGAACUUGGCGCCGUGGUGCCUUGCGCCAGUAGCCUCUAUGGCUAAGACGCCCCUGAGCAGUUACUUUGGUCUUCUUUACAUGAUUGUCCCUGGCUAGGUUGUGUUUGCUUAAGAUUAUAUGGAGCUUUUGGGGGGUGCAUUUCUUCAGCUAUCUGCAAUAUUAUUCCACUUUCAGUUUACUUCACUGACAACCUUUUUCCUGAGUGUUGGUUUUUUUAAAAAAAAAAACAACACACACACAUUUUGUACCUAACAGUAUGUAAAUGGUGUAAAGAAAUACAAUAGCCUAUAUGGGAGUUAUAGAACUGAAUUUAGAGGCAAACCUCCCUUUUCAACAUCCUGCAUUCUAAAGCAGGAAAAUAUGAAAAUGCAACACUUGUGACAUUACUGAUUCUUAUGCCUAAUAGCCAUGUAUCCAAGACUAGUGUAGCUGGUUUUAAAAUAUCUCUGUGUCCAAGAAGUAUUCUUAAUUUAAUUCAGCUGUUUAUUUUUAUUUCCUUCCUGUCUCUUCGCUUUUCUUUCUAUGUAGACUCUGGUCCCAUUUAUAGGAAGCCUUAACUCCAGGGCUGUGACUCCCCUUUUGAAAGAGGAGUGUACUGUGCUGCAUGCCAGCAAGCAGCUUAUUUAAGUACAGUACUAAGAGUAUGAAGGUGGCUUAAUGGUUUGGUUUUUGUUUGUUUAAACACGGUUGCUUUCCUAAGGAGGUUGGAACCCCAUUGCUCAGAAUGGCAGUCUGUGAUGAAAUAGAUUCAUGUCCUUUGGCCGAGGACACUAUGUAUUAGAUACUGCUUAAUACAGUGCACAUUAUCUCUGGAUCAGAACCAUGUUGUCAAUUAAAAAAAAAUGCAAGCAUGGUCAUUUUCAUUAGGGAUAUAUAAAAUUCACCUGACACUUUUAAUCCCUCUUUUUCUGGCAAUUGAGUCUAGCCAAAGAUAGGAAAGGUUUUUUUUUUUAAAUAAAAAAAUUGCUGGGUCUUAAACUCAAAAACAGUGAAAUGGUCUUCUGUCAAGGAUCUUACCAGUGCCUCUCCUCUCCAUGUCCUGGGAACGUCUAGAAACUGGAGAUCGCCUUUUGAGCAAUGCCCGAAAUUGUGUACUAGGCAGCUGGAGGUGUGUAAAGACAUUCUUCUCUAAUGUGUUACAAGCAAAUUACUUGGAUUAUGUCCUAUUUGCCUCUUGGUAGUGGCUUCCAAAGAUGGCUGGUACCAUCAAUUUGUAUUUCUUGAAUAAAAAUCUUCUCUUUUCUGGUAAAUCUUUUUUUGUACAGUGUUUGUUGUGUGCCAUGUAUCAAAAGAAGCAUUUGUGUUACAUAGGUGGUUGGCAAUUGGGUACCAAUACAGAGAAACACAGUUUUCAGUAGCUAAAAGGGGAAGUCUGAUUAGGGGAAUUCCUAUGAUGUGGCACUUCCCCACCCCUCCUCCAUGCAACUUUUAUAAAACUAAAUCUGUUAGCUUUGUACAUGGCAGGAUGUGCAAAACGUUUCUUACAGUCUCCUUCAGCCCAAAGGUGAAAUGUCUGGAAAUGCAGUUAACAUUUGGGUUAGCCUUUUCAAGGUGCACUAUAUAUUUAUACUGUACCUAUGUUGUGCUUACAUUGCAGUAGUAUGUGCACACCUUUAAAGUUCUAUAGCAAAGCACAAAUAGGUUCUUUUUUGACCAAUUAAAUGAAGUAAAUCAGUGUAGCCCCAUGAUUUCCUAAAAGUCAGGAAUAUGCUGUAUAGUACUCUGUAUUAAACAGAAAGGAAAAACAACAAGAAAACCUGGUUAUAUUUUUUUUUUUGGCUUUUAAAAAUAAAAUUGGUACUGGAGAUGCCUUGCCUUAAAAUACAAA